GCAAGCGCGCGGCGUUGGCGCACGCGCAGAACCGCUCGGCCGCGUAGCUCCGGUUUUGCAAAAACGCCUUGCCAGAGCUUGAGCUACUUGGACAAUGUCGGAAAUGAACGAGCUGUCCGAGCUGUAUGAAGAGAGCAACGACCUGCAGAUGGACGUGAUGUCCGGCGAGGGUGACCUUCCGCAGAUGGAGGUAGGCAGCGGGAACCGGGAGCCGUCCCCGAACCCCUCCCGCAUCGGGGCUCCGCCACAGCUCGAGGAGGAAGGCCCCAUGGAGGAGGAGGCUGCCCAGCCAAUGGUGGAACCCCAGGGGGGACGAGGCCUGGCUCAGCGGCCCAGCCCUGGGGAGCAGCCAGGCCAGCUCGCGGGCCCUGACUUCGAGAGCGAGGACGAGGGCGAGGAAUUUGAUGACUGGGAGGACGACUAUGAUUAUCCCGAAGAGGAGCAGCUGAGCGGCGCAGGCUACAGAGUAUCCGCAGCCCUGGAAGAAGCCAACAAGAUGUUUCUGAGAACAUCCAGAGCAAGGGAAGCAGCCCUGGAUGGCGGGUUUCAAAUGCAUUAUGAGAAGACCCCGUUUGAUCAGUUGGCUUUUAUCGAAGAGCUUUUUUCCCUUAUGGUUGUCAAUCGCCUGACCGAAGAACUCGGCUGUGAUGAGAUUAUUGAUAGAGAGUAAUUAAAUGCUGUUAAAAGAGGAGGAAACUACUUGAGGAGAGACCCAGCAUUCCACUGCCUUUUGGGUUCAUUCCAGAUCGUACGGUGCCAAUGAAAAACUUGAUCCUCAAAAAAAAUUUUUUUUUGCGUGUGGUGGUGGUUUUGCAGAAUAUAACAGGGCAGUGACUGCACAGUUAUGAAAAGGAAUUGCUAAAGAAGAAGGAGAAGAAACGUCUUAGGACUGCGGAAAUCUGUUUUCAAAAUGCUCCUGAAACACCUGUGGCUUGGACUUUGUCAUUGAUCCAGAUUAUUUUCCUUGCAUUGGGGAAAAUAUCUUUCACAUUUCACUGUAAGGAAUGGUUUUGCAAGGAUAAGUUAAAGACAAGAGUUUCUUAUUUGCAAGAAUAAGACCCAAGACAAACAAGUACAAGACCCCAGUGAUAUUAAUUACAUAAGAAAAAGUAACUAAUACAUGCAAUUUAGGACUCAAGAUUUCUGAAUCAUUUGGACUGAAAGCCUACUGAGAGCCUCUUGAGAGAACUCUGAAGAUUCUACUUUGUGGUCUGUACAAGCUAGUGAUCAGAGGCUGAAUUUUUAGUGUAAAAUAAAUUGGGUAUUCUUCAGUAUCCCCAAAAGAUAAGCAAACCCCAAAAGAAAUAUGUGUCACGUAUGCUGUAUCUCAAAAUGUGUUUUCAAGAGCAUCUGAAAUUUUGUCUGUACAUGUAUCUUGAUCGUUUAUAAGGCUACUGUGAUCUAUAAUUCAAGGAAAUUCAUUGUCUUACCAUUUUUAAUUUCAAAAAUUAAAACAUCCAUAAUAAACAUCAAAUUUAGGCAUGAAAAUGUAUGUGAAAGAAAAACGAUUUCUAAUACUCCUACGUAAUAGAAAAAUUGUUUUACUUGCUCUCUGUUUUUUCAUUUAAUUUUACAGGUGAAAGACUUGGGUUGAACUUCAUAACGUAAGAACUGUUAAAGUGAAAAUGUCAAGUAAAAGGAAAGCCCUACAUCUAAAAAAAAAAAGACUGAGCAAUUAUGCCCUCAACCUUUAAAAGUUUUAAACCUGCCCAGAAAUCCACCUCAGUUUCUGAAGUUUUCCUCUGUCUCCUCCUCUAAUUAAGCUUGUUAUUGGUUAUGCACCAGCAUUCAAGAUAAUAAAAUUUCUUGUUCUGUGUA